UUUUUCUGUUUUUUUGCCGUAUUAUUUUUGUAAUAUUUGUGUAGUCAUUUUUUGGUUGUUGUGCGCGUACUAACGAGUACCCGGUUAACUGCCAUUCGUUACAUACGGCGUGCGAAAACAGUUAGUGUUAACGGUCAUCACGGGAUUUCAACUCGCUCGCGCUUUAUUUGAUGUGGUCUGCCUGUAAUAUACAUAACAUAUAAAUUAUUACACAUACAUAUAUCUCACUCAGAAUAUACAAAAAUUGGAUAUACUACCUAUGAUAAAUAAAUAUGCACAUACACAUACAUAGAUCAAUGAUAAAAUGCAUACUCGCGCUGUUCUCCAAUAUCUCACGCUGUGUUUGAGACUGUGUGUGUGUGUGUGUGUGUGUGUGUCUGUGUGUUAGUUGUUGUUACUAGCAAGUAAGAACAACAAAUCAAACAACUAUCUAACGGUCAACGGCUUAAAGUGAUCAUAAACUAAAUAAAUAUAUAUGCAUACAUACAUAUAUAUGUAUAUAUAUAUGCAUACAGUAAUAUCUGACAAUUUUUUUUUAAUGUUUGUUGUAAACAAGUUGUUACCAGUGUUGUUCAACUAAAAACCCCUCUUCUAAGCACACACACACACACAUACAAUCAGUCACUCGUCUCUCGUCACUCGCUACUCGUCACUCGCUCAUUCACCAUCAGGAUAUUCCUCACUCUCAGUGUGUGUGUGUGUGUGCGUGUGUGGCUUACACAUUCUUAUUCAACUAUUUUUUUUUUUAUUUUAUUGCUCACAUUUCUCUCCAUUUCGCUCAUUAGCUGUUAAAAAGUGAAACACUCGCGUGUGUGUGCGUGCGUGCGUGUGUAGAUGUGUGUGUGCAGCAUAUACAUACGCAUUGAUUGACUACAAAUUGUGGAUAGAACUCAUGCUCGGAUUGUUGUGCAAGCAUGCGUCCUAGUUGGCGCUGCUUGCCAGCGGUUGCCGUUGCCAGCAUGGCAACAGUUGCCAGUGCUGCCACCCGUCAUCAGCUGUGUCUGCCCACCUAAGCGCCGCCACAUCGAGCAGGACGAGCAGCAGAAGCAGCAGCAGCAGGAUCUGUCCAAAUGAAUGCCAAUCAGCCGCUGAGCCUGGAGCCAGCGGUGGCUGCGGUCAAUGUUGCUGCUGCUGUCGUUGCCGAGGCAACAGCAACAGCAACAGCAACAGCAACACCCACAGCAAUAGCCAGCAAAGCUGGCGAGGCCAAGCAGAAUGGCCAGCAUACGCUCGAGGAGCAGCAGAUAAGAACCAUCAAUGGUCACGGCAACAACAACAACAACAAUAGCAGCAACAGCAACAGCAUCGAUGACGACGAUGUUGCUGACAAGGACGCCGGCUUAGAGGCUGAUAGCAGCAACAGCAGCAGCAGCAAGUUGACCAUUAUCAAAACGCCGCUUAACAAGACGUUGCUCAAGAAGUGCAACAGCAACAACAGCAACAACAACAACAACAGUAGUAAUAGCAAUGGCAAUCUGCCGCAUGUUGCAUUCAACAACACCAGUAGCAGCAGCAGCAACAACAACAACAGCUUGCGCAGCAGCAACAACAAUAAUGCUGGCAUCGGCAGCAGCACCAACAGCGACGGCAGCAGCAGCAACAACAACGACAAUACUUUGGGUUUUGGCUGCGAUUCCGGUUUUCAAAGCGGAAAUAACAAUGAACAAGAACAAUUUAUGAAUGAUAAUCAUCAUCAUCACCAUCAUCAUUACCAUCAUCAUUAUCAUCAUCAUGACGGCGAUGGCAAAGGCGAUAACGAUAAUGAUAACAUUACCGAUGUUGCUACUGCUAUUGCUGCUGCUGGCGCCAGUGGCGACGACGACGACGAUGUUGCAGCCGCAGCAGCAACAGCAACAACGCCCGAGCAUGUUGCUGCCGAUGAGCAGAAACAGGAGCAGCAGCAGCAGCAGCAUCAGCAAUCGCUUGACUAUCUCAUAAAAACACCAGCAACAGCAACAGUAUCAGCAGCAACACCAGCAGCAGCAGCAACAACAUUAUCCUGCACGGCAGCAACACUGCCAGCAGCAGCAGCAGCAACAGCAGCAGCAGCAGCAGCACAGAAUGCUUGCAGUCAAAAGUGUAACAAGUGCAACUCUCACAACAACAACAGCAACAAUAACAACAACAACAACAUCCAUUACAACAACUAUAAUAAUUACUAUAAGAAAAAAUCUCGUAUGCCGCCCAUUUGCCGUUAGUAUUUUUUUGAAUACGUUUUGUUUUCACUAAACAUUAUCUCGUUACUAUCAUAAUCAAUACCCUGUAUUAUCAGCUAUUACCCCAAGAGCCACUGCACUCACCCCCCUGCCCCCCGCCCCCAAACAUACACACACACACACACACACAUAUAUAUAAGACACAAUGCGUAAACGUUCCCCAAUAAAUUACAACAACAAAAAUUCUCCUAAAAACUAAAAACAACCCAAAUUUUGGAAACUGUGACAACAAUAAAAGAAAAUACCGCAAAAAUACCGCAAAAUUACCAAC